AUGAGUGCAAACCCAUUCGACGCACCAAUUGCCGAUGAGAGAAGUAUAGAAGAGAGGGAGCUGUUAGAGGUGGCCAAAGAGGCACUUUCCAGACCGAAUGCAUCUUUAGAAUAUUGUACAAUGUCUGUGGAUGAAACAUUGAGAAAAUUAGAAACUGAUCCGAAAUCAGGAUUAGGUUCUAUUGCAGAAGCUAGUCGUAGGAAAUUGGUUUAUGGUGCCAACGAAAUUGUCAUUGAAGAAGAUGAAAGUUUAUGGAAAAAGUUUCUAUCUAGUUUUGUUGAAGAUAGAUUAAUCCUACUGUUGAUUGGGUCAGCAGUUGUAUCUUUCAUAAUGGGAAAUAUCGAUGAUGCCGUCAGUAUUACGUUGGCUAUUGUUAUUGUCGUCAGUGUUGGAUUUGUGCAGGAGUAUAGAUCUGAGAAAUCUUUAGAAGCAUUGAAUAAAUUGGUUCCAGCAGAGUGUCAUUUAAUCAGAUGUGGUCAAGAAUCUCACGUAUUAGCUUCUGGACUUGUUCCAGGUGAUUUAGUUCAUUUUAAAAUUGGAGAUAGAAUUCCAGCAGAUCUUAGAAUUAUUGAAGCUGUGGAUUUAUCCAUUGAUGAAAGUAAUUUAACUGGUGAGAAUGAACCUGUUCAUAAAUCUGCCAAAGAGGUGAAUAAAGAUAGUUUUAACGACCAACCAAACUCUAUUAUCCCAAUUUCUGAUAGAACCUGUGUGGCAUACAUGGGAACUCUUGUUAAAGAAGGUCACGGUAAAGGUAUUGUUGUUGGGAUUGGGAAGAAUACUUCCUUUGGUGCUAUUUUUGAAAUGUUAAGCAACAUUGAAAAACCAAAAACUCCAUUACAAAACGCUAUGGACAAAUUGGGUAAAGAUCUAUCACUAUUUAGUUUCAUUGUAAUUGGUUUGAUUUGCUUAGUCGGUAUUCUUCAAGGAAGAUCGUGGUUAGAAAUGUUCCAAAUCUCGGUGUCAUUAGCUGUAGCUGCCAUUCCAGAAGGUUUACCUAUCAUUGUUACUGUUACAUUGGCUCUUGGUGUUUUGAGAAUGGCCAAACGUAAAGCGAUUGUAAGAAGAUUACCAAGUGUAGAAACUUUGGGUUCUGUGAAUGUUAUUUGUUCCGAUAAGACUGGUACUUUAACUUCAAACCAUAUGACAGCUUCAAAAAUUUGGUGUUUGGAUAGUAUGGCUAAUAAGGCAAACGUCUUAAGUUUGGAAAAGAGUAAAAGUGGGAGUUUGAAGAAUUAUUUAACUGAAGACGUUAAAUCUACUUUAACUAUUGGUAAUAUUUGUAACAAUGCAUCAUUUUCUCAAGAACAUGGCAAAUAUUUGGGGAAUCCUACCGAUAUUGCACUAUUAGAACAAUUAUCCAAAUUUGAUUUGUCAGAUAUCAGGCCAACGUUUAAAAAAGUACAAGAAAUUCCAUUUAAUUCCAAAAGAAAAUUUAUGGCUGUUAAAAUAGUGAACUCUGAAGGUAAAUACUCAUUAUGUGUUAAAGGUGCAUUUGAAAAAGUCUUGAGUCAAUGUUCCCAUUAUUUAAAUCAAAAGGGUAAGACUGAAAAGUUAACUCAAGGACAAAGAGAUGUAAUUAUUGAAACGGCGAAUUCUUUAGCCUCUGAAGGGUUACGUAUGCUAGCAUUUGCCAAGACCACAUUACCAGAUUCCCCCACUUUAUUAACUGAGGAAAGUGUUGGUGACUUGAUCUUUACUGGUUUAAUUGGUAUGAAUGAUCCUCCAAGACCUACUGUGAAACCUGCCAUUGAACAAUUACUUCAAGGUGGUGUACAUAUUAUUAUGAUUACUGGUGAUUCUGAAAACACAGCGGUAAACAUUGCCAGACAAAUUGGUAUCCCUGUGUUAGAUCCUAAAUUAUCUGUCUUAUCUGGUGAUAAAUUAAAUGAGAUGAGUGAUGAUCAAUUAGCUAAUGUCAUUGAUCAUGUAAACAUUUUUGCUCGUGCUACCCCAGAACACAAAUUAAAUAUUGUUCGUGCCUUAAGAAAAAGAGGUGAUGUUGUUGCUAUGACAGGUGAUGGUGUCAAUGAUGCACCUGCUUUGAAAUUAGCCGAUAUCGGUGUUUCCAUGGGGAGAAUGGGUACUGAUGUUGCUAAGGAAGCAUCUGAUAUGGUAUUAACUGAUGAUGAUUUUAGUACUAUCUUAACAGCCAUUGAAGAAGGUAAGGGUAUCUUUAACAAUAUUCAAAAUUUCUUAACUUUCCAAUUAUCUACUAGUGUUGCAGCUUUAUCGUUAAUUGCAUUAUCGACAGCGUUCAAAUUACCUAAUCCAUUAAAUGCCAUGCAAAUUUUAUGGAUUAAUAUUUUAAUGGAUGGUCCACCUGCACAAUCCUUAGGUGUUGAACCGGUGGAUCAUGAAGUGAUGAAGAAACCACCAAGAAAACGUUCAGAAAAAAUUUUAACAUCACAAGUGUUGAAACGUUUAUUAGGGACUGCUGCUUGUAUUAUCUUGGGUACUGUUUACGUUUUCAUUAAGGAAAUGGCAGAAGAUGGUGAAGUUACCGCAAGAGAUACCACAAUGACAUUUACAUGCUUCGUAUUUUUCGAUAUGUUUAAUGCGCUUGCCUGCAGACAUAGUACAAAAUCAAUUUUUGAAGUUGGAUUUUUCGCUAAUAAGAUGUUUAAUUUAGCUGUUGGAUUAUCAUUAUUGGGUCAAAUGUGUGCCAUUUAUAUCCCAUUUUUCCAAUCUGUUUUCAAGACCGAAAGUUUAAGUUUUAUGGAUUUAAUAUUUUUAUUGGUGAUAAGUAGUUCUGUGUUUGUCUUUGAUGAAUUGAGAAAAUGGUGGGUGAAGAGAACUACCUCAACUAUAGAUGCGUAUUACGAUAUCGUUUAG